CGGGUUGAAGAAGCUUAGCUCUGUCCCUCCCCUCGACCCGGCGAGAGACGGAGGAAUCCGUCCCAGGGCCAACAUUCAGCUUGGACGGGAGGCAGGUUGGAGUGGCGGAUAAACUUCAGCGGCCACAGCGCGGUUUGGGUCUAAUCUCGGAACCACGCUGCUAGUCGUAACCGAAAACAAAAAUGGAAAAGAUGGCAGGAACAUGCUAGGUUACGAUGUUAUCAGGAACGGGGCGAGCUGCAUGCCCAUGGUCCCCAUGGGGUCGGAGCCUUCAUAUUAAAGGACCCAGAAUUAUCCUCGCUGCAAUGUGCUCUCCUCGGGUCUCGUCCUUGUUCCUGUUGCAUUCGAGCCCAGCUUUACAAUAUGCGCUUUGUUGGCGUGACAUUGGCUCUCGCCUCCCUGGCGGCAGGUGAAUCCCUCAAACAGCUGGACACCAGCCUGACCAUCUUGACCAGCAAUGAUCUCCAGGGAGAUGCAAGCCCCAACGCAGACAAGACCGUCAUCCUCACGGAUGCCCACCCCUAUCAGGAUGUGUCGGGCGUGUGCUCCAAGCUAGGUGAACAGCUAUGGGGGCCAGGGAAGGGACAAUGCAAAAGAAACAUUGCAGCCCUUCCGUUCUCUGAGUACUUGAAGGGUGAUGGCGUCGCUGGUGCCUCGUCCAAGUUCUGGGUAUCUGGUUCUGACUCUAAAGCUGUGGACGUGGCCGGUCGUUACAGUGAUGUCAACCCUUCGAAGUCGCGGUUUCGGGGGCUAUGCACCAAUACCGCACCGUUCUCAACGCAGAGCUCCCAAGAUACGGACGCCAAGUGGCAGAUCAGUCUGGAUGUCAAUAAUCAGACUCUUACUGGCUUCCGCGAUCGCCUCUCCUUUCGCUUUUUGGGUAUUCGCUAUGCGCCGCAGCCGCAGAGGUUUACCUAUUCUUCGUCGUUCAAGGGGUCUGGAGAGGCCGCUUCGGCUUUGUCAUAUGGCUCGCAGUGCAUCCAAGGGGGCAGCGGUAGCGAGGACUGUUUGUUCCUCAACGUGUGGACCCCUUACCUGCCGAAUCCGAACUCGAAACCCAAAAAGAAGGCUCUCCGUCCUGUUGGUGUGUGGAUUCACGGUGGCGCUUUCACCGGAGGGACGGCGAAUGACGCGACUUUCGAUGGCGCAAACAUCGUUUCGAGAGGAGACAUGGUCUUGGUGGCCAUCAACUACCGCCUCCUGGCGUUUGGCUUCCUAGCCUUGAAGGACGGCAAGACGAACGGAAACUACGGCUUGGCCGACCAGAUCACCGCCCUGGACUGGGUCCGCACACACAUCCACAACUUUGGCGGCGACAAGGACCGCAUCACCGUCUUUGGCCAGUCUGCCGGCGCUGCCUCGGUCCGCGCCCUGAUCGCCUCGCCAAAGGCCGCGGGCAAGUUCUCGGGCGCCAUCAUGCUCAGCGGCCUCGGCGGGAUCAACUACGGCACAACAUACUCCCAGUACUACACCAUCAACGAGCAGGCCACUGUAGCCGCCACCCCCAUCCUCGCCGCCACCAACUGCACCGACGCCCCCUCCCAAGCCGACUGCCUGCGCGCCGUCCCCGCAUCCACCCUCAGCACCUUCAACUCGGCCCGCUACCUCGUCGUAGACGGCACCUACCUCACGACCCCCACCCUCCCCACAAAGGGCCCGCACCUCCCCCUCAACCUCAUGAUGGGCAUCACGCACGACGACGGCGCGCCCUUCCUCUCCUUCCCGCCCACCACCACACCUCCCAUCAACCAAACCACCUACCUCGCCUCGCAGGGCUUCACCGUCCCCCCACCAGCCCUCUUCCCCUUCCCCCCAACCACAACCACAACCACAACCACCGGCAACGCCUCCCUCGACCUGUACACGGCCGCCGCGCGCCUCGCCACCGACGGCAUCUUCCGCUGCGCCGGCCAAGCCACCGCCGCGUCCCUCCUAGCACACCAACGUCUCAACGCCCUGUAUUACUACGAGUUCGACCGCACCUACCAGACCAAGGGCUGGCCGGGCACCGACGUGUGCGAGCCGCGCGCGACGGCCGCCCACCCACACGGUGACCCGUCUGGUGCACCGUAUUUGAAGUGUCAUUCGGGGGAGCUGUAUUACGUGUUUGGGAACCUGUGGCGGCAAGGGCUGCCGCUGCGGGAUGAGGGGGAUUUGGGGUUUGCGAGGUUGGUGCUGGAUGGGUUCGCGGCGUUUGUGAGGAGGGGGGAUCCGAAUGUGGAGGGGGGUUGGUUGAGGGCGAGGGGGUUGCAGGUGGAAGGGGGGGAGGGGGUGGGGCGGUGGGAGCCGAGUAGAAAGGGGAAGCUGACGAUGAGGGUGCUGGAUUGGCCCACGCCAAGGCAGAGCGGGUUCAGGGAGCUUGAGCAGUGUGAGGGCUUGGGGCUGGGGCUGGAUUAUUACGAGAAGAAGUAGGAGGUUCGAUGUGAGGUUUUGCCGGUGGAGCUUGCUAUGAGGUUGGUUCAGUACAAAGUAGGUGGUGACGGGGCGAGCAUUUAAUGUUGUUUGCCCGGGAUUAAAUACUGUGGGGAGCGACCUGGGGAUGGGAGCUCGACGUGAAUAUAGUUAAUUAUUACAUUGCUGGCUCCGUCCCCCGUCAAGUCAGUGGCCCA